AUGCUAGUUCCAGUCAAAAGAUUCAUCCACGACCCUGUCGAAUUAGUUGAUGUGGCAUGUCGAGCACUUCUCUCGCUUCAUCCAGGACUGGCUUUCGAUGCGGAAAAUAGAGUUGUUUACCGCCCAUUCAAACCCUCUGAGAACAGAGUCACUCUACUAAGUGGAGGUGGAAGUGGUCAUGAGCCUGCUCACGCCGGUUAUGUCGGCCAGGGCAUGCUAGACGCUGCUGUCUGCGGCGCCAUUUUCGCAUCCCCCAAUGUGAUCCAGAUUGAAUCCGGCCUGCGAAACAUCCAGUCUCCUCUAGGCAGCUUGGUCAUCGUCAAGAACUACACUGGAGACAAACUCAAUUUCGGUCUAGCCGUGGAGAAAUCGCGUGCGAAGACUGGAAAUACAGUCAAGGUACUUAUGGUGGGCGAUGAUGUCUCCGUAGGCAGAACCAAGGGGCGCAUGGUAGGUCGCCGUGGCCUUGCGGGUGUCAUCCUGAUACAUAAGAUUGCUGGUGCAGCAGCUACUUCAGGAGCGAGUUUAGACGACGUCUAUGAGGUUGCAGAGUAUGCCAACAGUUGCUUGGCCACAAUAGGAGUCGCACUCCAUGGCUGCGAUGUUCCGGGUCAGCAACAACUUGUCGGCCUAGCCGUAGACGAGAUUGAACUCGGAAUGGGCAUCCACAACGAACCUGGAUCUCGCAAACUCAAACCUCAACCAGAAAUGAAGUCGCUGAUUAGCGAAAUGCUCGCAGCUAUCCUAGACACAACAGACAAGGAGAGGAAUUUUCUGCCCAAGUCGCCUGUAUCUCAUCCUUCCGAGGUGGUUCUCCUGGUCAACAAUCUUGGGGGACUGUCUGUCCUAGAACUCGCGUGCAUUACAGGCAUGGUGGUAGAGCAGCUGAAGAGUGAAUAUAAUAUCCAGCCAAGAAGAGCCUACGCAGGAACAUUCCUGUCUGCCCUCAAUGGUUCCGGGUUCAGCAUUACUCUCCUCAGCUUGCCUAAGGAUGAGCCAGCUACAGAAACGAUAGCCGACAGGAUUCUGGCUUAUCUUGAUGCACCCACAUCUGCAAUAGGCUGGUCACCUUCGCUUCCCUGCACAGCGUGGUCAGAAAAUGACACUGCACCAAAAGCCAUUUACGCCAACGGGUUCGCCAAUGGUGUCACCGAGAAGGCCGAUUUGGAUGAAAUUCCAUGCAAUGGGGCUCUGCUCGCCUCGAUCAUAACAUCGGUACAACAAUCACUAGUAGCAGAUGAGCCCCAAAUCACAGCCUUCGACACCCUGAUGGGUGACGGCGACUGCGGCACCACACUAGUCGCUGGCAUCACUACAAUUGCCAACGCCCUGUCCACCAUACGAACAGAAUCCCUCUCUCACGCCACAGUCUCGAUCUCGGAAUUGAUAUCCAAAGGCAUGGGCGGCACUUCUGGCGCCCUGUAUGCCAUCUUCUUCACUGCCUUUGCGGCCGGUGUGCGGUCUCUGAAUACCAAAGAGCCGAUCUCGUUCCCAGAGGUUGUAGAAGUUGCGAGCGAGUCGCUUGCGACACUGCAGCGCUACACUAAGGCAGAUAUCGGUGAUCGCACAAUGAUGGAUGCACUGAUUCCAUUCGUCCAUGCGGUAAGUAGUGGCGCGAAGGCAGGUCUUCCGGCAGUGGAGGCAUUAAAAAAGGCUGUUGCUGCGGCUGAUGAGGGAUGCGCUGCGACUCGCAAUAUGGUCAGCGUAUUUGGUCGGAGCACGUACGUGGGAGCAGGCAGUGAGGUGGAGAGCGAGACCAAGGGUAUUCCAGACCCAGGUGCAAUGGGAAUCGUUGCUAUUGCUCGUGGAAUUCUGAAUGCCGUUCAGGCUGUCGAGCACACAUAGGAGUCGGCUAAGUCUUGAAUCG